AGUCUCUGUACUCCCCUGUAGCUGAAGUCCUACCCAAUCCGGGCAGAGAAAGGAGGUCAGCCAAUAGCGCUGACUCUGUGUGAUGUAAGGGACAUGGGAGACAGUGAGGAGACCGGACUGAGCCUGCAUGAUGCCCUGGCCGUUAUCAAUGGACACGCACCAGAAGGAUAUAAGUUUCAGAGUGGAAUGCCCAUUAAUCCCAGUAGUGCCGGUUACUGCCUGGAUCCCGGACUGCAGGACAAGAUCCACUGUGUUGUGUUUGUCCUGAAUGCACGUAGUCUUCACUCCUAUGGGGAAAGCCUGGUAAAGAUGAUAAAGAAAUAUCGCAGAGAGAUCUCUGACUUGGAUGUUCCCCAGCUGGUUCUGCUGACCCAUGUAGAUGAGAUGUGCCAUGCAGUAAAUACGGACGUGCGCUACGUCUACACCAGCCGCAUUGUGCAAAAGAAGGUACAAGAGGCAGCCAGUUUGGCAGAUGUGCCGGUCUCCUUUGUGCUACCAGUGAAGAACUACAUGAGCGAGCUGACAGUGAACCGGGACACCGAUAUCCUCAUCUUUAGUGCAGUCCGGCAAAUACUACAUGCUAUCGAUGACACGUUUGAGGCCUAGUCAACCUUCUUGGAGACUUCAGCAUCUGUGAUAAUGUUAUUUUCUAUGUACCACUAAGCCAACUUAUAUUCUCUUAUUCCCCUCCUACCAAAUAUGUUCAGUUUAACUGAAAUAUAAAGAGUGCACCAAAAUAUUUGUGUACUGUACAGACGCUACCCAUUGUUGUGUUGCAUGCUCUAUGAAAAUGAGUGUACUAUAAGUCUUUGAGUGCUAUGCUGUUCUAAAUGUAGUGUAUUUUUAUGAACCUUUCCAGGUCCAUAAAAAAACUAUUCAAAUGUUUACGACAUAAGAAUACACAUCACAUCAAAUCAUAACCUGACACUAUAUAUGUGAAAGGCUGUUUAGGGUCCAAAGAAUACCAACUGGAAGAACAUCAAUAGAGAAUUUCCCUACGGGGAUUAAUAAAGUAUGAUGAGGAUGGUGAUGAUUAUUAUUAUUUUAUUAAACCAUUUAGUAGGGGUGUAACGAUAUUACAAACCGAACCGAAAUAUCGUGAUACACCAACCACGAUACGUAUCGCGAAACUCGUGGCGUACCGCGGUACUCUAACGCCCCCUGCUGCCCAUUGUUGAGGUUGACGUCACUUGUCUCUAACUAAUUUAACCAAUUUAAACACAUCUUUAUUUUAUCACAUUUGAUUAAAUUGUAUUAGUAAUGAUGAGCUUUUGUUCUAAAUUUUGUUCUAAAUAUUAUAUUCUAAAGUUAGUAUUAGAAUUGCUUUUUUCUGACUAGUCUAUAUUGGAGGUAUUUAUUUAAUUUUUGUUGUUUACCCAGGUAUCCUGACUGUACUAAAAAUGUGAUGGCAAAGUUAAUAAAGAAAAAGUUUA